GUGAAAUGUCCUAGACGCAUGUAAACAAGCGUGGGGCCAACAACCCGACUUACUUACUUAAAGGGGAAAUUAUUCAUAUUUUAAUUUAGCAAUAUGUAAACAAGAAAGGUUACUCGUCGUUAAAUACGCCAGACUUUGUUUGGCAUUGUGGAGUCGAAUAUAUACGCUACCGUAACACACUUUACUACUUCGGAGCUAACUUGGGUUAGCGUGGUGUUAGCCUUACAUUAACUGUCGUAUAAUUAUGAUAUAUGUUUACGUUCACAGUCAAGAAUACAAGACAGGAUUUGUUUAAUUUCUGUCGUAGAAACAAUACGUAAAUCGUAGUAACUGGUGCGAUGGCAGAGCAUCGUGCAGUCGCCAUGUGGCGCUGUUUAGUCAUAGUGUCAUAAAAUGGAUAUCAUCAAAGUCGAGAAGGAUGGUGACAGGGAGGAGGCCACUUAUGUUGAGAGCUACUGUAGUUCAGAUGAUGGAGAUGGACCGAUCAAUUCAAUUGAUCAGAAACACCAGAUUAGCUGUAAACAAGCUCCACAGCUCAGCAGGGACAAUUCUCCUCCACUUCUUCUGGCCUUCUCCAUCACCCGUGGGCGGGCUCUGCAGGACAGCAGCCCCAGCUCGACUUCUUCUCCUGCCUUCUCACAGGAGGAGGACUGUGAGCAGCCUGUGGAAGAUUGGAUGAUCCUGGGAGGAGAGGAGCAAGAGGGAGACUCGAGCAUUCAGCUGAAUCUGGGAUACUGGAGCAGCUCUGAAGAUGAGUCUGUAGUUAAAGAUCCAGUUAUGAAGACAUUUACAGAUACAUGGGCUGUAUUAGAGAAAGACAAGUGUGGUCCUAAUCGGUCUCUGACCAGCCGCUACUUUAUGCCUGGUCGUGAUGUGAUCUGUAACAUCUGCAACAGGACAGGACAUGGUGCUAAAAGCUGCUACUACCAAAAGCAGAAAUAUCCAACGUGUGUCCUAUGUGGGAUCAAGGGCCACAUCCAGAGGGACUGUCCAAGUCGCCCAUGCCCUAGCUGUGGGCUGCCUUCACAUGGCCUCAGGCCCUGUGAGAAGCCCCCAGUGUGGAACCAGCUCUGCUGGCGUUGUGGGAUGACAGGACACCUUUCUGAUACCUGCCCAGAUACAUGGCGACAGUAUCACAAGACGAUCCGGUUAGAGGUUCCUCUUAGGCCACAGAGAACCCACACCCUCAAAUAUAAGAGAUGCUUUGCUCAUUGUUACAAUUGCUCUAAGAGGGGGCAUUAUGGCUUUGAGUGCACUAAGAGGAGGAUGGUCAGUGGAACUUUCCCUUCAUUGCCUUAUGUUUGCCACUAUGACACCAUUGCAGACACCCUCCACUAUUGUACCAAGACGCAAAAUGAAACAAAAGAGCUUGUGGGCCUGGGAUCCACACACCCUUCAGACCAACAGCACUUGACUGAACCAUCAGGUCAGAAUCAGCCAGUCCACGGGAGGAGCCGCGCAAAACUGGAGACAUGUAGCCGAGCUGCCAAGAGGAAGACAUGGCCUGAGAGACGAAGAGAGAGACAGCAGGUGAAGAAAAUCAGGAGAGAAGCUCAAGCCCGACGUGAGGGAGGACUACUGAAGAGGCCUUGCGGCAAUUCUGAUGAUGAAGCAUGCCAUGUAGACCCCUUCAAGUCACCUUGUCAUGGCCACUGCCAGGCCACACCCCCUCCACAGAAGAGAAAGAUGGAUGAGGUGGGUGGUAAAAGGAGCAAGAAAAGCAGAGAGGCAGAGAGGUGGAAGAGGAGAGGAGGGAUGAAACGUGGGGAUUUGUAUCCUCAUGUAGACAUCGGAAGUGAAAACCUUCUCUCCCCAAAGCAAAGAGUACGUCACAGAAGAAGAUAAAGUGUGGCUGGUUUUUAGUUUAUUCUUUUUUUAAUAGUGACAAAUGUGACUGGAAAAUAAGUGUCAAAUUAUCUUUCGACUGAUCAAUUUUUUAACUACCUCUUGGGGUAAGGGGGUAAUGUUUUUGGCUGUGUUUCUGUGUCUGUGUGCAGCAUAACUAAAAUGUAGAGGACAAACUUUGAUUAAAUGUUUUGGAGAUGUAGGUUAUGGCCCUGAAGAAGAAAUGAUUAGAUUUUGGUGGUGAUGUGGUUAUAAAUAACUGCUUGUAAGAAUUGAAAAUGUCUAGCCUUCUCUAUGCAAAACAGUUGAAGUUGGAGUAUCAUAAUCAUCAGUGUGACUUGCAUAAAUCCACCUUUGUCCUG